AUGUCUCGGAAGGUUCAGGAGCGUAAUAGGAAGAAGUCUCGAUGCCUGAAUAAUAAAUCAAAUAGGGUUUUUGGGAAGUGUUCUGAGCUGAGAAGGGCUGAUACAGCAUCUACUGAACCUUCAAUCAUAAAUCGAAUAAAUACUCUUACGAAUGACGACUUCCAGUUGAAAAUGAAUUCUGACUCUGCAACGCAGGAAAGCAACGUAAAUUGUAGAGGAAAAUCGGAAACAAAUGAAGAAUGUGACGAGUUAAUUAUAAUACAUGAAGAAAAUACUUCUAAUGUGGCCGCUCAACCUCCCAGUGAUAAUGUGCAAGCAGAAUCGACUACGAAUUGUGACGAAGACUCCUUUAAAUUUGAUUAUAAGCCUGCUGGAUCUGUUGAUGGUAUAACAUUGACGAAAAGUGAUCUUCAGUGUCUUGAACCUGGAGCUCUUAUAAACGAUGCAAUAAUAAAUUUUUAUCUGAAAUACUUGUACUUCGAGCAACUGACAGACUCUCAGAGACAAGCUACUCAUGUCUUCAAUGUGUUUUUCUAUAGUCGGUUAACAAGCGGCAAUGUAUCAGUUGAUACACACAACUCCACAGUCACAGAAACGACAACAGAGUAGGUUUUAUUCAAAAGAGAAUAAUAAAUGAUUACCUUUUUUGGUUUGUGUUUCAAUUCGCCGAUGCCUUUUCCAUCUCUUUCGCCCACCACUUUUCGUGAUCGUCACCAAGACUUUUUGUUAGCUUAUUUUUCGUCUCAGCUUUCGUCUUUCCUCGUGUUUUUGAAGCCUGCCGGAAUAAGUUUUCUUGCGCCUAUCAGUCUGGACGAAGCGUCAUAAAUCCAGUAGCAUUUGGCAAUCUUUAGUUUUAGGUUACCAGUAGUCCCUAUCUCUAUUUCGACGACAGACCGGAUACUAUGGUAGGCUUCUUCAAGAUGAGUCUUGCUGUAUAUUUCAGAUACACGUUAAGCUGUUUCCUCCUUGAAGAGAGAUUUAGUGUUCUCAUUACAUCGAGGAGAAGGGAGGGGUAGCGGCUUCGUAGCUGCCUGUUUUCUAGGUCCGUAUAAUGAUAGGCAUUUACGUGCACAAACUAGGGUGUAAUCGAAGUCCACGCAAGUGUCCCAGAAGGAUCAGUAGUCUUCUGUCGACCUUUUCCAUCAACAGUUUAUCGAUAUGUUGUCUAUUUUAGUUCGUCAAUUUGAAGAUGGAAGUUCCCAUUUGUUUGAAAUGAGUGCGGACUAGGUACAAGUUGUUACCUGAACAUAACUGUAGCAGAUAAUCACUGUUGUCAAUUUCGUCGGUAUGAAACCCCAUAGGUACCACCAAUAUACUUGCGUGACUGGCACAAGUUCCCCAGCCUAUUAGAAGGACUGUAUCGGAGCUUUUUACUUUUAUCAACCAUACUGGACAGCAUUUGGUAGAACUCAUCCUUUACUCCGUCCUAAAUGCAGUAUGUUGGCGGCGGCGGGGGGGACUGUAAGCGGAAAUAAUAAAAAUACACCGACGGGCAUCUCAAUCUUUCCUUCUGAUGGACCCGUUAGGCUGAACAGCACACGACUGUCCACUGGAAUCAUAUUAAGUAGAUAUUUUCUUGCCCUAGCACUCAGUUCCAUCUCCACACUGUCAAGUUCUUACGAACUAACCGACGAAUCUUCUUACACCCUAUGAGGUGGAAUUUGCAGGUUCACCCUAUUGACUAGGUGAGGUUAAGUGAAGAUCCACACUUGGAUCUUGUAUGUAUAUUAUAGAAACAAGAUACAUGCAUGACUGGAGUAGAUGCCAGAGUUUUCGCUAUUGAAGCUUGUUCUAUUUGAUAAAGGGUCCUGGCGUUGAAUGCUGCAAUGCGAAGCUGACCGCGUGAGUUUAAGAGAGACUAUCAGUAGUGUUUUUUCCAGCUGUCGUCGGUAUUAUUGAUUGGAGAGUUAAGAGCUGAGAGUCGUGCCUGUGAGAUAGUAUCAACAGCAGGAAGAAAGCAAGAUAAUGAAAUUGAUGGAGGUAAAGGCAGGAGAUGGAUGGGAAAGCUUUGUGUGUUUCCCACCUGCUCACACUAUGAAAGUUGUCUCCUCAAAAAUGUCGUACAUUUGGUACCCUUGGUAAAUUUCGACAGAGAAAGAAAGAUCAGAUUUGCAGUAUAAAAUGAAAUCAUUCCAGUUCACAGGUUCUCAUAAAUCAGCUGCUGCAAACCACUGCCUGAAAUUACAAUGGUUAUAAAUAAUAACAUUUCAUACUUCAAUGUUUGAAAGGUAAUAGAGAAAACAUUACAAGAUGAGGGCGUCUGGAAUACAAGGAGGGUUGGAGUAGACAAAAAAUAGAGAAAUUUAAUGAACAGUGUGUCUGAUGAGGUUACCUGCAACCGCUUUUAUAAAUUUACGUGCACCUGCACCUACAUUGGAAGGACAGAAAGAAGGAUUUCUAUCCGGUUUUCAGAGCAUAUUUCAAGAAAAGCAUGCCUAAAAGGAAGUAGAUAUUUACAAAGGGCAAUUCCCAGACACCCACCCCGUGGAUACGGGUCAUUUUGUCGAGAUUUACAAAUCCUUGAAAAUUUUAAGCAUACAAAGAACAGCGAAUCUACUACGAUUUGCUGAAGCAAUUACAGCAAUCAAACGUCUCAGACCAAACUUAUGCACACAGAAAUAGAGCGUAGUCAAUCUCUAACGUGUUCCUUUCAUUACACUGAUUACUCAUACACAAUAGUGAGCUCAGCUCACUGAGGAAGUUUUCAAUUUAAUGAACUUUAACCUUGUUGAGUUUGCAUGUUGGCGUACGAGCUAACACUGUCGAUUAGAUUUCUCUGUUUUGCUAUCUUCUCUCACCCCCUACCCCGCAAUUUUUUUCUAGUGUGAUAGCAUAUAAAUUGAUGGUGACUUAAACUAGAAAUUGUAAUACUUAUAUUCCAGAUGCGUUCAUCUUGUAAUGUUUUCUGUAUUACCUUUCAAACAUUGAAGUAUGAAAUGUUAUUAUUUAUAACCAUUGUCAUUUCAGGUAGUUUGCAGUUAGCUGACGAGAACCUGUGAAAUAGACUGAUGAUAUCAUUUUAUACUGCAAAUCUGAUCUUUCUUUCUCUUUCGAAAGCUGUCUCCCUUUUGAGGUAUAUGGAACAGAGACAGAAUUUGUGUUGUCUGACCGCAGAACUCAGAGGGACAUCUACUUGAGGCUGGUCACAGACGGUCUGUUUGAAGUGGGUUUUGGAAUGGUGUCCGUAUUACUGAGGAUUAGAGAGGUUUUGUGUGCAUUUCGGAUUGUGAGGGCGCUUGUUACUUCCCGGCUGCCCACACCGUGGAAGUUGGUUGCGUGACCGCAGAGCCCAGGGGACAACUGCUUGAGGCCGGUCACACGCGGCCUGUUUUUGUUUGUUCUCUUUUGUUUGGUGUGUCUCAGUAGCAUACUUAUCACUCCUACCCUGUGACACGGCAGCAGGAAGCGCGGUGGUUGUUAAUCCGGGCCACGGCCGAUCCGGCAUGAUAUUUUGUGAAUUUGUUUGAAUCAUGGUAUUGGAUGGGGUAGCUGCUUUUUGUUUAACCGCUAUCCAAACAACCUGCCUGGCAUGGUAGAACCUCAAGAGACAUAAGUCUCAGCCAGUAUAGCUUGAAUAGAUCAUUGCGGUGUUCAAGCCCGACCACCACGUCAAGGUAGCAGCUUUCGGUCGGGUCCGUAUUAAGAUCUUACUGUUGGCUGCGGCCCGUCAGAAGGUGGUAAGUCAGAAUGUGAAAUCCUUGGAGUCAACCUUUAUCCAAUCUCGCGUAUCUUCAGAGCGGCGAAGCAGCAUAGCUGGCUUGCUGGUCGUUCGGAGGAAACACUUUGCUCCUGUUGCUUCUCUAUUGGCCAGGAGUACUACUUCGUCCUCAGAACCCCAGCAUUAGUGUAAACGACUUAUGGUAGCUACUUUUAGCCCAACAUCCAUCCAAACAACUUUUCUGACGUAAUGGGAUCUGGGGGUAAGUUAAUUACAUUCAGUGUAGUUCGUUGGAUCAUUGUGAUACACCAACGCGAACACUUUCAAGGUAGCAGCUAUCGGUCGGGG